UGAUUUGCUUGCACAGGCUUGCCCUCCAUACUAUGGCAUGGUCUACUAUCCACCACCACCACCUUCGACAACAGUUUCUAAUUCAACCACAACUAUUUCUUUGAAAGGCUGGCAGCCAUAGACAUUUGAAAAACAGGCAUCACCAAGGGAAGGCUUCUACACUGCAGCAGCGAGACCUGUGGGCACCUAUUCGCCUUACUUUGGAAGUCCUCGAACACCAUAUCGUUUCAAGUCUGACACAGCAGUUCCAGUUGAUGAGCAGAUUCUCAUGAAACUUUGCCUUCAAUUUCCAACUGUAGAAGAGGGCCACAUCUUCACUCUGCUAAAGCAAUACCACAACAGGGACAAUGUCGUGGUGAGCGCCUUGCUGGCCGAGGGGCAUCCACGUGCCCAGACACACCCCAAUGCCCACGAGCACUUACCUCCAAAGUUGCUCAAGGUUGAUGAGACUCUUGUAACAAAGCUUCAUGGCUUCUUCCCAACCAUUGAUCAGGAAACAAUAAGGGGUCUUCUUUACAAGCACAACAACCAGGAGCAUGAGGUGAUCCGGGUGCUGGUGUCGGGCCCCAACAAUUACAUCAUCCGGCACCAGAGUCCAGCACCAAGCUCACCAAAAAUGAAGCUGCGGUAUCUCAAGCUGCUAUUUCCUGAAGCUGACGAAGCAAUGCUCUUCAACAUGCUCUAUAACUGUGAUAACAACGCCCAAGAGGCCAUGACAAGGCUGAAUGACUUGGGCUACAAGAAGCGUGAUGCACCAUUGCCCAGGGGCACACCCAUCAAACAGGUGGCAACACCUGCUAAACCACCUAUUGUGGAAUUUCGCAGGCCCUCCCAAGUGGUACCACCAACCAAAGCAGAUCGGCAGAAGCUGGUGUCACACCUGCAUGAGCAGUUUCCUGCGGUGUCCCAGACGUUGCUCAACAUGGCCCUGGAGAGCAGCCAGUACAAUGAAGACAGGGCCAAGCAGUUCCUCCAGGCCAUGACUCCACAGGACAGCCGUCCACUCCUUGGUUCUGAGGGCAUACAGCCGGGAGUGUUGGUCAAGAGCACUCCCCCCGUCCCGCCCCGAAGCCGCCAUGCCUCCCCAGCCCAGACUGAUGGCUUGACCCUUGUCACCAAAUCUGCACCGUCCACUAAGGAAGGGUCCUCUAAAGAAGAAACCCAACUUAUAACUGUCAGUGACAAGGCUACCUCCCCACCUCCUAAAUCUAUAACUGAACGUGCAUUUAGGCCCAAGUUUCUUCGAAAGUUGUUCAAGUUCUCUAAAGGUACCAGCACCCAUGAAGACCAGAUGACGCAACCUUCCACUCGAAUCUGUCCAAAGGGGCCCAAUGCAAGCCUUCUUAAAGGGCCAAAUGACAGCAACCUCUUGCGUGAGUACAUGCCAUGGCAGGGCCCAGACCCUGACAAUCGACGAGGUCCUGACCCAAGCUUGCGUCGAGGUCCUGACCCCAAGAACCUAGCCAGUAAGGAGGGAGCCACAAAGGCUAGGGGUCCCCAGGCAUCAAGCUUGUUCCGCCGAGGGCCCCUGAAGGACAUCACCUUUCGCUCCUUCCUCCGUGGCUCCUCACUGUCUUCAGGUGGUAGUGACUCACCACAGGGCUCAAAGUCCUCUUCCUCCCAGCAGUGAUCAGGACGGGCUUGCACCUGGGCUCAACUUCCAGUGGUAGCAAGAGCCAGAGUGUAGUGUCUUGCCCCAUUUGCACUUUCGAAGUGGUAGCAGCGCACAAGAACUUCGCUAUUUCGUUGUUUUAUUUUUACCAGCCUUCACAACAGGUCUGUAACUUUGCAAAAACUAGCAUUCCACGAAAGGCUUUAAAUUCAUCUUCUAAAAUGGACAUGCCAGCUGAAUCUGGCAUUGAGGGCAGCAAGAAUCUAGUGUAGACGUGCAGCACUGCUGCUGCACAUGGCAUGUUUAUGUUAAGUGUGAUUAUUUGGAAUAGUAGUGAAAAAUGAGGCCUUAUAGCCUUUUUGCUUGUGUGAGUAUCUCCAAGUGAAAAUUAGGAACAUUUUGCGCUUUGAUAGCACAAUGUUUGCAUGCAUUAACCUGCUACAAAUACUACCAAGGUUGAAGUGCAGGCAUGUUGGUACUAUCGCAUGAAACUGCCACUGAAAGCAGGGCCAUGCUCUUGGUGCCUGCUUGGUACACACGCUCACUAAAAGCUUGUUGGGUGCCAACUAUGAAAUGAUGAGAUAAGGGAAGUGUGUAUGCAGUUUGAACAGGAUCUGUUUAGCUAAUGCCUGUAUGUGUCGAUGCCAACUUUAAACAUGCACUGUGCUUGGGCUCAAAUUGGUGGUGAUGGUGGUUGUUCAUUUUGACUGGUUGAAUCAAAAAAACAUGCUAUUAAUUUCAAAUGCUUUAGUUUACAGUAUACACUUCAAGAUUUCUUGGUUUGAAUUUUGAGCUGCAGCCAGUUAUGUAUUUGUACUUGCAAGAAAAUCUAGUUGUUGCAGCAGGUAUUGUCUCGCAAAGCAUGAAACAGCCGUUUUCAUGAGAUGCCAUCUGGUUUGGCAGUUAAAUGGCCUGUGGCUGUGACUGUAACCCCCCCCCCCCUAAUAUUGACAAGUCUCAGCAAAAAAAAAAAAAUCCACACAAGUUUCAUUCACUUGUUUCUCUUGAAGUCUUGGCGCUACCUAAAUCAGAAGUGAUGUGUGUGGGUCCUUAUGUGAGACUCCUCAGUUUACAUAUUUUGUGACUGUAGUACAUAAGCCAAGUCACUUGGGGGCCACCUCACAAUUUUUCACUUGUGGCAACCAAAAUUAGUGUCAUUCUUACUGCGGGAACCAUAGACUAAGGAUGGAGCUACACGUUAACAUAUUCUCUGGUGUGUGUGCCCUGUUUUACACAGUGGCUGUGAGAUAAGGGCUAGUUGAUAUGCGUUCAUAAUAACGGCGCAAGAAAAGACUGGACCAAGGAAAAAAAACUUACAGGACGGACCCUGACCAUCAGUUGAAUAAUUUUUUAUUAGAGCGACAAAACAAAAUAAAGCACAAACCCCCAAAAAGUAACAAUAACAACUGUGCAGGCACACAAUUGUUGCAAAGCCACCUAAGCAAGAUAAGCAAACUCUUCAUCAAGUAAGGAAAUGGAUGGUGCACAAAGGCACAUAUCAGCCUGUUUCUCUAUAUGGUAAGCUUCUACUACCUCCCUAGUUCUCUGAUCCGCAUGUCAGAACAAGACUGCACUAUCAUGGAAGGCCAGAGCGCAGCCGCAUUGCGCAUUGUGCACAGUGCAUCGAAAGAUGGCUCGGAGGCACACCCUUUAGCGAGCUGCAAUAAUAUCCGAGGCGAAUAUUCAUGCACCGUCCCAUUUGGUUAAUAUAGUUCAGUUGAUGGUCAGUGCUCGUCCUGUAAGCUUUUUUUCCUUUGUUGCAUUCCUUUUAGUGCUGUUAUUAUGAACUGUUUUGCAUUACACACUUGCAGGAAAAUGCCAAUAUAGUUUAUGACAUGAUUUUGCACAUAUUUUACCCAGGUGUACAUGAGCUGCAUAAUGGUAUAUACCUUAAGCUCAUUUUCAUAAUAAUAACAAACAUGGACAAGCAAACAUGAAAAAUGCCACUUGCAGAAACCCAAAGAUGACCACAGUGCACUCAGCUAUUAGCUACAGUGCUGUGCCAGCAGAUUAUUAGGUCUACAGGUUUUCAUGUAUGGACUGAUUAUUUCUUAAUGUAUUCUAUAUAAAUAAGGUAUUCUUGAAAACAGGCUAUGGGCUGGGUGGUGCUAGUUUGUUUGUAAUCAUAGCAGUUCAUUACAAAUGCAACAGUACAGCAAGUAGAAUGAACGAUUAUUUCUUUAUUCUUGUGAACCAUCUUUUGUCCUUGAUCAUUUGGUUGAAUCAUGGAGUAAACCAUCCUAAAGCUACAUUGGUGCCACAAGAGACACCAUAACGGAUGGUCCGAAUAAAUUUUGACCUCUUAUUGUUCUUCAAGAUGCAGCUAAAUCUAAGCACACAAACGUUCUUGCCUUCUGCCCCCAUCAUAUUGCAGCCACCAUAGUGGGGAUCCGAACCAAUGACCUCGUGCUUAGCAACACAAUGCCUUAGCCACUGAGCCACAACUUUUGCCCAUUAUGUACUGUGUUUGCAGCGGAUCAAGUUACCUACACCCUCCACACACCUCCACCUCCAAAUCUAUACAAUGUUAAAGGGGCCCUGCAGCACAUUUAGAGUAUAGCCAGGAAACGCUGCCAAUCUGUAGUCAAGGCUCCUGUGACUAUGUGAGCAAAAUAUUAUUGAAAAGCAAGCAGCAGGGAUUUUUAAAAAUAGCCAAAAAUCACUUGUGCUUUCCUCAGAAAUCUCAUCAUCAACUACGUGGCAGGCGGGAGCAAGCGAGUUUAGUGAGUUGAAAAGGCUAUAUAUAUGAACACACAAAGGAUUGUCUUCUGGUGCACCGUUUGAGGCACCAUACUGACAGCUCAUAAUGUAAAAUUGCUUCUUAAUGUGCCUCUACCAUACUUAUUACGUAGCAUUAAGGCAGUAAUGUUAUGUUUAACUACACUCGCUGUAGAGGUUGGGGAAAAUUUUAAUGUGUAAAUUUCGGCUCUACAAUUCUUAUGAAAUGCCUAUGUAUACAAGAAAAAAGAUGCCUUUAGGUGCAAUAAUGCUCAAGCUCUUCUUUCUCCAUUUUAAGUCUUGCAAAAAUGCUGUAAUAGGAAAUGGUUCCGUCCCAUGCUGAUAGAGCAACUUUUCACCCUAAAAGCACGCAAUUCGCGAUAGUGCUGUCUUCAUGCAAGAUAUGUCACUGCCUUCGAAGAAAAAUUUUUUUAUUGCUUUACAUCUUUUCUACAUUUCCAAUUUCCUUCUUUAUUCAAGACUAGUUAACAAAAAUAAUUACGUGUUUAUCUUAAUCCAUGCAGAAAUUAUAAGCAUCCUUCAGCAUCUCCUGCACACAUCUGAAACUGAAAGCUAAUUAUUAUUCUAUAUUGUGUGUCAACUCAUCAGAAGUGCCACUACAUAUGAAUAUUAUGUCGUUCCACUCUGUUAUGUUAUAAAGUCUUAGAAAAGCAUUUAAUAACACCUGAUGUUCUUGAAAUCAAUAAAAUAUUCUACAAGCUCCAGCAUUCUGUGAUCUGAAAAAUGUAGUUAAUCAUACUAAUUGGUAUAUCUGAGUUUUUUCAGCACUGUAAACUAAGUUCAAUGAUAGAAACCGGGGCAUGUUUGAUAUUACCAAGCAUUUAGGCAUUAAACUUGCCUACCAGAGAAAUAAAGUUUGCAUCUCAAACUGCUAGAGAAAGACUGCAUGUCAGGCUAUUUGGGGCACUAAGCAGGCAAGCAAAAAAUAAUAAUAAAUUGUCCAUUUCCAUGUAUAUUAAAGAAGAAUGUGCAGUUUCUAAGCAGGGCUUAAGCUAUAAGCAUUAUUAAUUUUGGACGUACCGAAUGUUUUUUAUCAUGUGGACAUUUGCCCAAAAUCUUCCAACCCCUUUUUCUCAAAACUUUCUUUUUUGCAUUGUACAGUUAUACAAACAGCGAUAACUGCCUUUGCAUUAACUAUUUGCGCAUGAAAUUUGGCUCACAGUUUACUGAUACAUUCGUCUGUGCAAUGAAGCUGGAUAGCUGUGAACAGAUGGUUGAAGUUUUUAUGCGGAGGGCAGUUUUUGCAAACUAAUUGUGCCGGAAGUUGUCUUUGUCAUUCUUUUUAUGAUAACUCAUUUUAGCUUACAGAUAUUGCAGUUAUUGUGGUUCAGUGCACAGUUUACUGUGCUCUUUACAUACCUUCCGAGUAACAUUUGAUUUCUAUUAACCGUUUCUCAGUUAUGGUGCCUUGCUUAACACCCACAUUUCAGCAAAUUUUAAGCAAUGUAAAAAUGUUUUUUGAUAGUUUGAAAAUUUUGUUCCUCUUAAAUGCUCUAAAUAACUAACCUUUACAAGACAAAAAUGGAACUGUAACUUUCAGACUAGAGAUCAUGUGAAAUUUUUUCUUGAAGGUGGUGACAUGUACCUUACGGUGAAUAUCUGUCUUUGGCACUCCCAUCUAUUUUCGCAGUCACUCGUUUAUGGUCGGUGGUUCACAGACAGACUUUUACUGCCCAUACAGAUGGUGCAUGCUCUCUGGCAACCGAGUUGUGGGGAGCUUUUGUCACCUGUAGUAAAUUUAUCAGAUUUUGCCAUCUUUGAUGCAACCAUAGCUAUUACAAGCACAUGAGUUCUAGAUAAGACAUUUGCAAUGGUAAAUAUUUUGUAAAAUUUUAUUAAGAGUCUUAAGCUAUUCGAGAGGUUGUAAAGA